AUGAAUGUAAAUUUUAGAACAAUUCUUGGAAAAACAUAUACAAUAACAGUACAGCCCAAUCAAACCCUAACUGAUGCUAAGCGAAUACUUUCUGUCCAAGAGGAUAUAUCAUUAGAAAAAGCACAAUUUAUUUAUCGAGCUGAAAUCUUACAAGAAAAUAUCCCAUUUAGCACCUUACAAAUUCAACAAGAUCGUUAUAUAGUAAUUCAUAAUAGUUCUCCUAAAAAAGCAACACCAAUACAACCACCUCCUGUCGAAAAUAAUCCACCGAAUUCCGAGCUUGAUAGUUUUGAGCCACCAAAUCAAGCGACACGGCCUCCAUUAGAUAAUAUAAUAGACGAAUCAGAUGAAUUCAAUCGAGAUGUUAAAGCUUUAGUUGAAAUGGGAUUUACCAAGGAACAAGCCAUCCAAGCUUUGAGAACAACAGGGAACAAUCUAGAUUCGGCAAUUAGUUUACUUGUUUCAGAAAAUGCUCCAAUACCAGAAGAAAUAUUAGCAAUGAAUAAUUCACCCUCACAACAACCACCCCCUAACACACGACCGCCACCUACUGUGGAAUCUUCAAAUUCUGGUCAAAAUACUGGACGUUAUAGAGAUUUCCAAGGUGAUUAUGAUAAAUUAUCAUCUUCAGAGAAAGAGGCAUUAGAAAGGCUUGAUACAUUAGGAUUUGAUCCGACAACAACAAUUCAAAUAUUCAUUGUUUGUGGUAAAGAUGAAGAACAAGCAAGGAAUUGCCUUAGUUCAUUAAGAUAA